UAGACUUAGAUACUCCGAUCUGAUUGGACGCUCUACGGUAAGUCCCGCCCUCUUCCGGAUUCCUCCACGGUUCUCUCUUCCCAUUCGUCGAGCUGUGUGGAGAGCCGAACAACAAACAAGAUAGGGUGAAGACCGUCGGGAUGGAUGCAGCUACCUUGACGUACGACACUCUGCGUUUUGGAGAGUUUGAAGAUUUCCCUGACACCCCGGAGCCCGUCUGGAUCCUGGGGACAGAAUACAAUGCACUCACAGAGAAAGAGCAGCUGCUGUCAGACGUCACGUCACGCCUCUGGUUCACAUACAGGAAAAACUUCCCGCCCAUUGGGGGGACAGGACCCACGUCAGACACAGGAUGGGGGUGCAUGUUACGGUGUGGACAGAUGAUCCUGGCAGAGGCCCUCAUGUGCAGACACUUGGGCAGAGAUUGGAGGUGGACGAGAGGCCGGAGACAAAGAGAGGAGUACGUCAGCAUUCUGAACGCCUUCAUUGACAAAAAAGACAGCUACUAUUCCAUCCAUCAAAUCGCCCAAAUGGGAGUGGGAGAAGGAAAGCCUAUAGGACAGUGGUAUGGACCAAACACAGUCGCCCAGGUUCUGAAGAAGCUGGCCGUGUUUGACACAUGGAGCAGGUUAGUGGUUCACGUGGCGAUGGACAACACCGUCAUCAUCGAGGAGAUCAAGCGUCUCUGCAUGCCAUGGCUGGACAUCGGGGAUCGGGAGGAGGCGGGGGAGCUCAACGGGUGCCUGGAGGGGGCGUGCGCGCUGGCGGAGGAGGAGACGGCGCUCUGGAAGCCUCUGGUUUUGCUCAUCCCACUCAGGCUGGGCCUGAGCGACAUAAACGAAGCGUACAUCGACACGCUGAAGCAAUGCUUCAUGCUGCCUCAGUCUCUGGGCGUCAUCGGAGGAAAACCCAACAGUGCCCAUUACUUCAUCGGUUAUGUCGGAGAGGAGCUCAUCUAUCUGGACCCUCACACCACACAGCCGGCCGUGGAGCCCAGCGAAGACGGUCAGGUCCCCGACGAGACGUACCACUGUCAGCACCCGCCCUGCCGCAUGCACAUCUGCGAGCUGGACCCGUCCAUCGCAGCGGGCUUCUUCUGCAGAACAGAGGAUGAGUUUGACGACUGGUGCAUGCGCAUUCGGGGGCUGUCCUGCAAGAGAGGAGGUCUGCCAAUGUUUGAGCUGGUGGACAGCCAGCCCACUCACAUGGUCAGCGUGGAUGCCCUGAACCUUACUCCCGAUUUCUCGGACUCGGACAGGUUGGAGCGCUUCUUUGACUCGGAGGACGAGGAGUUUGAGAUCUUGUCCCUGUGAAGGAGCAUGACGAACAGUAGAGCGGGGAUUCGGACUCUUCUGAAGAGAGAACUGCUUGUUGGAGACCUCUUGAGGCAGUCUGGCUGCGGUGGGGGGGUCGGUGUGUGUCACACAGUCCUCCGAGUGCUCUGUUUGGGACAUCCACGCUGGGAGCUGGAGCUCAGGAUGAAGUCUGUCUGCACAUCAUCGCUCGCGCAUUUCCACUCUUUCCAUGUUCGUUCUAAUGUGAAACGGUGCCUUCCCCCCACUCCACCUGUGAACCCCCCGAUUGAUGCUGCGCAGAAGCAUCACAUCAUGGCGCCCGCGGCUCACACAGUUUCUUACCAUGAACUGUGGCUGCUAUGAAACCAAAAGAAGAGUCUGAUUAGACGUUAACAGUAUUUUGACUAAAAAAGGUCUGUUUAAUUACAAUGAAACUACACAAUAAGAAUUCAUACUAAUUAAAAUAUAAUCAAUGUUUGACUUUUGUUAGAGCCGGGUGAUCCGAUUCUUGUCACUUCCAUAACUGUCCCAGUGGGACGUUCUCUGCUAUGUUGAUGGCAUUAAGGAUGUGGACUGUGAUGUCUCUGUGAACUUCCUCAACGCUCUUUGAAGCAUCGAUCACCUGAAACAGACAAACUGCAUCGUUAGUUCUUUCUUCUUGCCUUAAAUGACACUAAACGGUGAAACUCUGACCCCGAGCCGUCCUUUACCUGCCAGUUCACUGAUGGAUCUUUCAUCAGCAGCUCAAAUUUCUGCUGAACCGCGUUCUGGAACACUCUGGUUUCGUACCUCUCGUUCCCAAACUGACCUCUGAGGGCCGCCUCGGCCGGGCUCAGCUGCAGGAACAUCACCAGGUCGGGUUUUGGCAGCCCCACGUCGGGGUUCAUGCACCACUCCAGAGAGAAGCCCUGCAGGAGGAGGUAACACUCAAAUCCCCGGAGACACCACAAGGUUCCACCAAACGGAGCAUGCUUACAGGCUUGGCGCUGGUGAAAGCCGCCCCGGAGAAGGCGUACCGGUCCACCACCAGAGUGAUACCCUGCUCCAGCUUCCUCUUCAUCGCUGGUCUGCAGGGAAGAACGAGCCGACUAACAGGUGCAGUUCAGAGAAAACCUGCCAAAAACUCUCAUCGCUCAACCUUUUCUCAUGUGAGCUUAAGUUUAGGCAAACAAACAGAGGAAAUCAUUCUGUCUGCUCCUGGAGGAUCUAAAAACAUCCAAUAAAACACGCCUGAGUGACUAAACUCAACCUUUUUA